GAUAGUGACGUGGGAGAGCCAAAGAAAAAAAAAAAACUUUGUCUCGUAUGUGCACGUGACUAUAAACGAGAUUUACUCGAGACCUGAAGUAUCAUGUCUGAUAACGAAGCUGUCGAUGCCGGUGUGGCUGUCAUUCGGUGUAAUCCAUAUGACAAGUGUUUCACAUUUCCCAGUACUUUCAAAUUAACCAGGAACGGCCAUCACCUGCGAGGAGGGGGAGGUGGGAGAAGAAGACACAGUGUCGUUGAGUGGUGCGGCGAUGCCAGACGAAUGCCGGACAGCAGAUAAGCGCAAGGCUGACCCAGCGACGGAAGACGACGACGAAGAUGACACCAACAACCACGAAGGCAAGCCAGAGUUAAAAAAGAAAUUCAUCAUGUGCCCGUCUCUCCGAAAUGAAGAAGCCAAAUAUAUGAUUAAGUCUGAAGAUGAGCUGAAACAGUCUCAGAAAUCAGCGCCAAUCAAAAUGUCACUAAAUACACAGAAAAAGUCUGAGAUAAAAGCACCAGUCAUCAGGAAAAGUGCAGCUGUUGCUAAAGCAUUUAACCCCGAUGAAGAGAGUGACGAAGAGGAGAUGCCUCCAGAAGCGAAGAUGAGAAUGAGGAAUAUUGGCAGAGACACUCCAACGGCUGCUGGCCCCAAUUCCUACGGCAAGGGACGACUGGGCUUUUGCGACCGGCAGAAAAUAUUCGAAAGAGAAAUCAAGAAGAAAACAGACAGCCCAAGCAAUUGAUGUCCAACCACAACAGUAACACCAUAAGAAGACAUUGUGUAGAUCUAAUUAUAUAGACAAUUGCUUGUAUACGUUUCUCCUUCCAUCUUUCAUCCAUCACUUGUGCCGUGUGUCUCUGUCUAUAAUACACACAUGCACAAAUAUAUAUCUAUCUAUAUAUACAUUUAUAAAUAUAUAUUUAUAUAUAUGUGUGUGUGUAGUGUAUGGUUGUAUGUAUGUAUGUAUGUGUGUGUGUUGUGUAUGUAUCUGUAUUUAUAUAUACACAUAAACACGUAUAAUAUAAUAUAAAUAUAUGACUAAUAAUAUAAUAUAAAUAUAUGA